AGGCAUAUAUAGAUAUAUUUAUACAUACAGGUGUAUAUAUAUUUCGAUAUAUAUAUACACAUAAUCCAAAUCUUAUUGUGAAGGCACGGAACACAGCGAACGAAGAGAGUAGACGAGGAUCAAGCGCGCAUCACGACCAUGUUGCUUAAGGAUCAGCCAUCAUUCAAGGAAGUGGCCAAGGUGUUUAUAGUAGGCCUGGCACUGCGCUCCUAUGUGUCAAACGGCGAUGGGGAACAGCGCCGGACGUGCUUUGGGCACGAGCUAUCGCGUCGCAUCUGCAUGGCGGCCAAUCGCCAUCGGGCCAACAAUCGCCAUCGCCUGCUGAAGCUCAUGUCCCCCGAGCGCCUAAAGGAGUACGAAUUGAAGAACGGAACCCGGGCACUCCACCCACAUCCACUGCAACAGCCACAGCGCGAUCUCAGCCAAAAGACUCGGGAAUUCGCUGCCAAUACAAAUCUAAAUACCAAGUUAUAAACGAAGAGACUCGAACCUUAGGUUAAUACACGUUUUUGCAUCGUUUCG